AUGGCUCUUGUCGACUACUCGUCCUCUGAGGACGAGCCUGACCGCCGACUGCCGCCGUCCAAACGGCAGAAGACCGGCGUUGGGGCGGCCCACACCUCCGAUGCGGCCUCCGGCGGUGACCCUGCACGCACCUCCGGCACCGAUGCCAACUCAAGCAGGGCUGGCACCGGCGUUUCGGGCAUGCCACCCCUGCCUUCGCAAUUCCACGACCUCUACGCAUCUACCGUCCGCCAGAGCGUCGUCGAUGACCCGAGUCUGCACCAUGGCCGCCGCCGGCAGAUACCCCAUGUUGUCGGCAAUUGGCCAAGUCAUCUCUACGUUGAAUGGCAUCCCACCACGGCACAGCAUGCUGUGUUGGUCGACCUCAUCACAGAUAUUGAAGCCGAGCUACGUGGUGAAGUCAACCUACACAACUUCCUGAACAGCGAUCUGGGCUCGCCUCUCCCACUGCAUAUCAGUCUUUCUCGGCCACUCUCUCUUCCGACAGCAGACAAGGACAACUUCCUAGAAAAGAUCACUCACACCAUUUACGCCGGCGGCAUUGCACCUUUCAUUGUGCGCCCAAGCAGCCUCAAAUGGUUCAAAUCACCAGACUCGAACCGGACCUUUCUCGUUCUCCGCGUAGCUAGUAACCCAUCAGUAGAUGGCGAGGAUGACGCCGCAAAGGACCAAAACCCGGAGCUCAUGAGUCUUCUAACGCGUUGCAACACUGCCGUCACAUCCUUCGACCAACCGGCGCUGUAUCAGCAAAACCAGAAAGGACCUGCGGGAAAUGAGUUCCACAUAUCCAUUGCGUGGACAUUUGACCAGCCAGACGACGAGGCUUCUCGGAGAACGGUGGAGCUAUUCAAGCAGGCUAGGCUUGGCAUUCAAUCAUGGGAGAUUGAUGUUCCUGGCGUCAAGGCGAAAAUUGGAAAUGUGGUGAAUCACAUUGCUUUAAAGGGUUCGGGAAGAGACAACAGGGUGUCUAAAUUUUUGGAAUCCUGA